UGUGUUUUAAUACGGGUUGCCAGCAGUUAAUAGUUUUGUUUGUUGUGAAUAUUCUCUUUCAAAACGGAAUUACAAAUUUGGAUUCUGUUUUAAAAAUAAUUACCAUUUAUUUACGAGAUAAAUUCAAGUCGCUGAGACUUCUGACAAGGUGAGCGGGUUCCCUAGAUCCUUUGGUCUUUUAUGAUAUGUGUGAGGGGAUUAAAUACCAGACAGAGUUACAAAAGUCACGUAACACAUCGCCGACUUGUACAAAAAAAACCCUGACAAGUAUAUAACCCUAUAUACAUACCUGUGUGAUCACUGACAGAUUACGACGAAUGUCGCUAGGGACGGAGAGAAGGGGGUCUAAUCUUCCCGUCGGAAGCAUUUUGUAUUUGGGACAAAACGCUACGGUCUCAUGUAUAUCAAACGACCGAUGAUUUUGUAGAUUUAAAAUAAUAUUUGUGUUGUUCGCAUUGUUGUUAAAUAUUUUUUUAAACAGUAUUGAUUUGUUUCUCAAUAUUUCUAUACCGUAAGUGUGUAGCGACUAUCUAGUUGACCUGCAGUGUAGUUAAGUGGAACAAAACAUUGAAUACCUGUAGCUCAAUUACUGAUUAAAAACCUAUACGUCGAAUAUAAUACGUACUAAGUGUAUAGGUUUGUAAGGCCAUUUUAGCGGUAGAAUCUAUAUAUACACAACGGUGUCGUAUUUGUUUACAAAGGGUUUUAAUCGCCAAGGUAGACGGUUUUCAUGCAGGUAUUUUCAACCAUAUGUAACUAUUGAUUGCAGUAAGUGCUAAAACUGAUAAAUACCUGGACAAAAAUCAAUCGAUCUCGAUCAGUCACGUACCAAACUAUCGAUCUGAAGAGGACACAGGUAGCCGUUGACAAACGUUACCUGUUGAGGUAUAAAACGUCGGGGGACUUUAAGACCUCAGGGAAUACACGGAUUGUACAGUAUAGACACUUAAACGUUUUAAAUUCAAAGGUCAAAGUUGGUCUGCUGGAAUAGGUAUACUUGGGUGUAUUGAAACUGACCACUGCAAAUAUUUGCUUUUCGGCCUCGUAGAUCGUUGGAGAGUGACAGUUUGGAAUGUAAUAGACGACGGUGACAAGUUACUGUUCUCGUACAAGAAAGCAAAGUAAAAUGUGAAUCGUGGUGAGACAUCGUCAUGACUUUGCUAUGGCAACGAAACAAAAUGACGCUGAACAGGACCUUUUUGAUCACAAAUGUGAGGAACAAGAGAGGAUGGAAGAAAUCCCGUUAGUGAACGCUGUAGGUAAAAUGAAUGAAAACAAGCAGGAGAAGGAUAUUAGUGACUCCGUAAUAAGUGAACAUGACGAUGAGCUAUCAUUGGACUUAAACAAUGGGGAUGAGUUGCAACCAACGGAAAACAUAUCGGAGAAUGUGACUGAACGGUCAGAGCCUGUUGAGGAAAGUGAAGCGGUUCAAACAGGCGACAGAGAUGAAAACGAUAAGGAAGAUGUGGGCAAGGAAAAUGACGAAGGUAUGUCCACUAAAGACGAUGAAGGAAGAGACGACGAGGAGCAUAUUGACGAGGAAGAGGAAGAAACGGAACCGGAAACGGAAAUGACAGAGGAAGAAAAGAAGGCUAUGUAUAAUGCUGUGUGCGAGGGGGAUAUAGCCACCCUGCAGAACUGUCUAGACAAACCUAAUGCUGACCUUAACAUGACUUGGUUUAACGAGAACAUGCUGAUGGUUGCCAUGAGAACCGGUCAGAUGAGGAUGGCGGAAUUUCUGAUCGAUAUCGGUAUUGAUAUCAACUACGAAAUCGAUUUGAUUGACUUACACCAGGAGGAGAAGACAGGGACUAAGAGGUUCGACUGUUACCGGAAGUCAUGCCGACAGAUUGCUUACGAAAACGGCCAUGACUUCAUUGUAGAAUUGAUUGACCUUCAAAGUGAACAUUGGUUUCCUUACACUAAGAAAACUCCACGCUGGUACAAGUUUACAAAGCGCCCUCCACCACCACCCCUUCCUCGAGUACCAGGAGAGGAGGAGGAAGUGGAAGAAGAGGAAGAACUUGAAGGUGAAGGUAAUGAGAAUGGUGAAAAGGGAGAGGAAGGUGGAGAUGAAAAGAAGCAAAAUGAAGUAAAGAAGGACGACGAUAUAGACUCAGGACACCACAGCGGAAAUGAGAUAAAAGAAGUGGAGGACAAUUUAUCGUUUCUUUCCGGUGAUAAUCUGAGGCGACACGACUUCGAACUCAUUGACGAUGGUUAUUGGUCGUUAACACAACGCAGUUCACCCUACAUGUGUGCGCCCGAAAAACUCGAAAGGCCAGGCCUUUUAUCACGUGGAACAAAAGCAUCAUUUUUGUUACGGAAACAUACAAAUCAGUUGCUAGACCACAGAAAAUGUUCAAAUAGUGCCAAAGAGAGAAAUGUAACGGUUGUUCAGGCAGUAGGUAGCUAUGCACAAGAGAGUAGACGGUGGAAACGCAAAAGCGUUGACCAAGGGUCCGUAGAAAGCAUCCCUUUCCUCGCCCGAAUGCAUUCUGCGAUAACCACGUGUAGUGAACCUGUUCGGGCGACACAGAGUAACUUCAGUUCCUCGCGACGGCAGCGCCCCCUGACGACUCAAUCUGCAUUCACGCAGGUGACUAAGAUUCUCGGGGAGUCUCGUCUCCUGAGACCCCAAAAGGAACCACCAUUACCGUACAUCAACACUACACAACACAAAUCGCCAUUUAAACGUACGACAAAGGUCAAUCCCUGGUGCCAUGGCAACUCCACUGGGGUCAUAAACAAACUUUCCAACGUCAGAAUACAAAAUAAGAUUGUCGAUCCUAACUUCUACGUAGAACGUCAGCUCUAUCAACGAACAAGGAACUCGUAUUCUGCUAUUUCAUGACCAUCUUACAUUCCAUUGACUAUAAGUCCGUGCCUGUGAUAUCAAAAUAUAUGAUAUUUUUUAGUCUCAAAUUUGAACAAAAUUUAGAUAUUCUUAUACUAAGAGUAGUAUUGCCAUCCUUACGCACACCUUUGUACUGUCUGUCUGAUAAUAUCCUUGUUGAAAAAUGAAAGAUAAGUUACCCUUUAGCUAACCAGGCGUGGACACACCGGUAAAGUACACUUAUCAUUCAUUUCUUUUCAAAGAUUAUAACUUGAAUCUGGUCCUUAAAACUAAAUCACUACCAGUGUGGUGGUUCUGCUAUCAUGUUAGGGUUUUGAGGAUGUUCUGAUGGUUUCUAUACCAAGUGUCAGUAAUCCUGUAUUCUCAGUACUGUAACGGUUAUUAUUUAGCGGGGCCAAAUUUUCGCGAUUCUUAAGGAAACUUUACUCCACGAAAAAAAUGCUCCAGACGCUUAUAUGGGGAAAUAAGGUUGCUAGACUUUUAGGGCAAGGUUGUAUAACAGUUUUGAAUUAAUUUACUUAGUCACUUGAAGGCAGGCGAUAUUUUAUUGAUACAGUAUUAUAGUUUAUUUAUCAUGUAUACAUAACAUGUAGCAAUUAACUAUCUGUAGCAUGCUGUCAGUAUAUACUUUAACUAAAAUUGUACUGUUUUUUUGCAUGUUGAUUCAUGUCCAAAUAGCCAAGCAAGAGACCGGAUAAGUAGCAAUCAGUCAUUAUUUUUUUUAUACUAAAAAUGUCUAAAGCAGUCUAGUCACAAACACCGGAAAGCUAUACAAGGGGAGAUAAAUCUAGUAGACAUCAUGACUUUUACCGAACGACUUGAGAUUAGCAUAGCUAUUCUUGUAUUGUUGAGUUUAUUGUAAUAAUGUAAAUAAACUUCAAAUGUCUUUCAUUUCAACAUAAUGAUUCAUACUACUGUUCAUGUAGCGUUACAAAUAAGUAAAUACAUUGUACAUAAAUAGAUGAUAUAUUUUCUACGAUAGAUGAAAUGUGACGCAUUUUUCAUUAAAUGAAUCUGAA